AUGCGUCUUUUGAACACUCGAACAUCUGAAUUCAAGGAAAUCAAUAGCCAUCAUGGCCUCAAAUAUGCUAUUCUUUCUCAUCGGUGGAGCGAGCAAGAGGUCUCGUACGAAGAGAUGCAGAAAGGCACAGCGCUGGAAGGGCUGGGCUUAUCCAAAAUUCGCCACUUCUGUCGUUUGGCUGCGGACAAAGGCUUCGAUUGGGCGUGGGAGCUUCUUGCGCCUCAAGAGAUACUGUUUUUCGAUGCUGACUGGAAUGAGAUGGGAAGUCUCUCAGAUUAUGCGACAGAUGUAUCGGAAAUAACGCGUAUUGCAUGCCACUAUCUAUUUUCGAACUAUGAAAGAGCUUUGUAUCCAAAGCCGAAAAGGGAAAUUCAAUUUGCCAGUGUAGCAGAGAGAAUGAGCUGGGCCUCGUAUCGUGUGACGAGCAAGGAAGAGGACAUUGCUUAUUGCCUCCUAGGGCUUUUCGGGGUCAAUGUGUCCCUACUCUACGGCGAAGGUGCAGGGAUGGCAUUUCGAAGGUUGCAGAUCGAGAUCAUGAACGAUCGUCGGACGAAUCAAUCUUUGCUUGGAUUUCGGAUGAAGAAAGAUCCGGCCUGCUUGCACCCCAUCCACGCUGUUUCGGAGGAUCUGGAGACAUUCUCAGUGAUUUCCAACUCUCGCAUUCAAUCAGAAGGCUGUAUACAAUGA